AUGUCCAGCGCCGGUGCAGCGGGAGCCCGUGUGAGCGCAGAGCGGGAGCGCGGCCGGCGCGGUCUGAGGCGGCGGCGGGCGCCACCGCCUUAUAUAGGGCGCGGGGCCGCCGCGUGCGCCGCGGCGCUGACGUCGCGCGAAUGCGGCUGGCGCGCGCCCGGCCGCCCCGCCCCGCCCCGUCUCCCGGCUCCGCGGGCCCGGCGCUGCCGCGGGGCUCCCGCCCCGGCCGGGCCGCGCGGGGGGCGCCGAGGCCUCUCCCCGCUGCGCGGGGUCUGCGCCCCGUUCUCCGCACGGCAGAUCGCGAGGGCGUCACCGGGAGGGGCCGUUCGCACCGGGGGCCGUGCCGGUGGCGCCCCGCGACCGGCCACCUGCGCGGGCAGCGGCGGGGGAGCUCCCCCGGGCCGCCGUGAGCGCCCCGCGGCUGCCCCGCGCUGUGACACGGCCCGCGGGGUCACCCGGCCGUGCCGGGGUUCGCUCCGCGCUGCUGCUGCGGUGCGAGCGAGCAUCCGAGCGAUUCCCGGCGCGGCGGAGCCCGGGAGCCGGGAGAUGCCCGGCGGCGCCGAUGAGCCCGGCUUCCAGGCCAGGAACGGGAUGACCACGCAGCGAACGGCCCCCCUCAGCCUGUGGCAGGAAAUUCUUUGGAAUUCCUGUUUUUCACGCAAUCUGUCUAUCAUGAUUUAGGAGAACUCUGCUGGAGGAGCCAACUGGCGUUCUGCUGCAGCUCGCUUCUUUAUUGAAAUAGCCCAGCAGUUGGGUCUGCUGCCCAAAGGCGUUACAAUGAGUCCCCAUUCCAGGGAUUUUUCUUUGCAAAUUAGAUUACUGUUCCCAACACAAGUUUGGGGUUUUUCUUGUCGCCUUCAAGGCUGGAAGGUAGAGAAGCUUAUUCAAAAGAGAGGCAAAAGCUUGCAAAGACCCCUCCA